CUUAGUUGUCUUAAUAAAGCACACAUGAAUAUGUUCUGAGGUCUGCUCUUGCAUGUGAGAACAAUGCCACCCAAGAGGAACAGAAAGCGGCUAGGUACUCGGGGUGAGGGAAGUGGAGACUCUGGGGUUGGGAUGUUUGAAAGGAAUGAUGCUGUGCAGGAGCAGAAGAAAGAGAAGAUUAGACUGUUCAUGCAGGACUUUGUGCAGCAAGGAAAAGACCGAUUAGCUGAGUUAAAGAAAGAUCUGGAAUCUUUGAGCACUACAGCAGAUAAAGCUUUGGAAGUGGAGCUCUUGAAGAUGCCCCUGGCUAUCCGGCACAUGAAAGUACAAGACUAUCUCAGCUUAAUGGGAGGUGACAAGACUGCUGUUGCCGCAGCUGCAGUGAAGCUUGACUGUUCUGUUGAUGAACUCUCUGAGCCAAAACUAGUCAGAAAAAGCAGUAAGAAGGUUAAGGUCACCACAAAUGUAGAAUAUCAGGAUGACAUAAGAACAAAAGUGAUGACAACGACAGGGAAGACAAGGACUGUACAAAAGGUGCCAAAAAGCAAAUCUAUGCUUUCACUUACCGGUAAAAACAGCAAGAAAACUACAGCUCUCACCAGGUCUGUAUCUGCCACACCUAUAGACAAAGCUUCUAAAAAGUUAUUGGUAACCAAUUCAUCCAGCAAACCAGCUCAGCGCUCAUCAAGAACAGCAAUGACUCCACUCUCCCGUUCUGCCCGGAGUGAUGCCGUUUUUUCCUUUGGAGAUGGUACAUUUUUGGAUGAAGGUGUCCCUUUUGUUAAAAUACCACUGGCUGAUGGGCAGACUGUGUUUUCAGCUGGAGAUGACUUGGACAGUCUAAAUGUGGAACUACUGAGAGGAGAUACAGUGCAGCACAUUCACAACCUGGUGGGCCAGCUAACUAACUUAUGUGCAAAAGCUUCCAUUCAGCAGCAUGGCAAUACCCUCUGACUUUUACUAAUCACAUGGAAUUUUUGUUGAAUGUUUGUUUUCCACCACAAGUUCUAUUAAGUAUUAAUGUCUGCUUUUUGUACUUUUAUCUGUAAUUGUUUUGUGUACUAAUAAAAACACACACUUUAAAGA